UCGUCCCCCGAAUCGAGAGAUCGUACGCAAUGCGCUGCGUUCAUUGCUAAAAGUGUACUCAGUUUUACAGUAUCAUACUAUGAGCAAUCCAGAUUCUGUGCGGGUUAAGCUGUUGUUUUUCGCAAAAUCUCGAGAACUAGCUGGCGUGUCCGGUACGGAAGAUUUUCUUGUCCCGCACUCUGAAAUCAAGUGUUCCGAGCUUCUCGAUCUGAUCUGUAAUCGGUUCAACCUGUCCAUCAUCCGCAACAAUGUCAUACUAGCGCAUAACGAGCAGUACUGUGCGGAUCUCAGUGAAACAAUACGCAUUCGCAACGGAGACGAACUAGCCGUGAUACCGCCCAUCUCCGGAGGUUAG